AUGUUUUUCUUAAAUUCUGAUUUUUGUUUGAUUCUUGGACUAGGUAAAUGCAUUAACAUAAGCAACAUGUCUGUUAUUAUGGUUAUUAGAAACUGCAAGGAAUUGAAAACACUUGAUGUCUCCUACUGUCCAAAUGUUACACAAGUUAUUUUUAAAGAAUUGGACAAACAAAUGUUAAUUCGUUAUGGACGUUCAAAUCCAUCAACAACAAAUUCCAAUAAUGACGUCAAAAAAUUCAAUUUAUUAAUUUCACGUUCUGGGGCUCAUGGCUGUAUUCCACAAAAAUAUUCUCCUUGGAUUAAAAUUGUUGAUCAUUAUGAAAGUGAUGCAGGUGGAAGUGGUGGAGGUCCUUUGGGUAUUGGGAAUUUAACUCCAGGAAUGUUGGUUGCUCGGUGAGAAAUUUUUCUUUUCAAAAAAAAUUUUUUUAGGAUUUUUUUACUUGAGAUUAGCUUAGAAAUGGCCAGGGUUACAUGGAAACUUGA